AUGGAGGUCUCCAGCUGUCUCGAGGAUCGUUUCCUCCACCAGCCCAACGGCACCCGUGUUCCAAUGGAGAUUGUGCUGAUGGAGAAGGUGGGCUCUGGCUGCCACUGCAUCAUCCAGCUCCUGGACUGGUUCGAGCUGCCUGACAGCUACGUGCUGGUCCUGGAGCGUCCGGAGCGAUCGCAGGAUCUCUUGGAGCUCCUGCAGGAGCACGGGUCCCUGAGCGAGGAGUCGGCACACUGGCUUUUCUGCCAGGUGCUGGAGGCCGUGUGGCACUGCACUGCCUGCGGUGUCUGGCACGGGGACAUCAAGCCGGAGAACCUCCUCGUGGACCCGGAGAGUGGCAGCCUGAAGCUCAUCGACUUCGGUUGCGGCACGUUUCUCCAGAACUGGGGCUUCAGAGAGUUUGCCGGAACACAAAUGUACUGCCCACCCGAGUGGAUCUGCCGGGGCUACCUACUCCAGGAGUCGGCGACCAUCUGGAGCCUGGGCGUGCUGCUCUAUGUCAUGGUCUGCGGGCGCCUCCCCUUCAAGAACGUCCAUGACAUCGUGUCGGGGCAGCUCUUCUUCUGGCAGCAGGUCUCUCCAGAGUGCCAACAUCUGAUCCGCUGGUGUUUGGGCAAGCACCCUGUGGACCGGCCGGAGCUGGAGGAGAUCUUGCGCCACCCUUGGGUGCUGGGGGGGCGCCUUUGAUGCCUCGCUGGAGGCUCCGCAGCACUCAGUCGCCGAGGGCCGGACAUAAAACAGCCACCAACCCAUUGCGGCCUGUCACGUCUGGUCCUUGUUAGCAACUCCAGCUACAGAAACCUCUUGGGAAAAGGGGAAAUCAGAGUGUUCCCUUCAGCCUUUGUCAAGGUUUUGAUGCCUCUCCCCCAUGUAGGUAGGUGUGUGUCAUCAAGCUCAGGCUCUAGUAGAGGUAGGAGUGGCUUUAAGAAGACAAGAAAUG